AUGAACAUUCAUGAAGUGGACACCUCUGACAUAGAUGUUCGUACCACUGAUGAUUCAUCGUCAUCAGCAUCGUCAUCACACACGAGCACGGAAACCCCAACCGAGACCCUUCCAGCGCCGCCAACGUUGUUAACUUCACGUCGACAGCGCCGACUGACACGCCAUCGUGGACGUGCCGCUGUAGGUCGACACAGUGACGUUCCACCAGCCAAUCGUGCAGCCUCCGCUGCUGUUCGUCAAACCCUGGCACCAGCGGCGGUAGCCGACAGCACCCAGAUGGAGUCGCGGGCUGCGUUACUGGCGGAGGUCUCAGCUCAACGCCGCUACGUUCGUAGAGGGGGAGAGGUGAUGUCAAGACCUCCACACGACCGAAAGCACACCAAAUGGAUCUAUGGUGGUGGAAGAAUUGGGGCUCCCCAUCAGCGAGUGAGGGUUCGAAUUCCGUAG